CUAGCUUGCCCUCUCUCCCUUUUGACAUUUGGAGCAAAGUCAAAGAAAACAAUAGGGAGGAGAAGCCAAGGCCCUUUUGACAAGUGCAUAGAGCCCCGAACAAUGGAGAGCUUCCAUAUACAAUGGGGAGUAGCUGAUCAUUUCAAAUCCGGACGCGAUCUUCUCUCUUAUCCCCUGCUGCUGCUGCUGCGAAGCGCGCGCCGUGCCCACCACUUGCCUUUGACUUUACAGGGAUCGAGUCAUCCUCCUCGUGCCACUCCAGUACGCGUCUCGAGUAUGUACAGGCGUACGCGUAUAUAUUUGCGCUUCCCCGGACCGGCCUGCCACUGCCAAAAGUCAACCCCAUCCCACGCCGGCCACCACCACGCGUCCUACCUAGCUCAGCUCACUUCGUCAAACCUCUCCAAGCUCAAAUCCCUGGUCGCCGUUCAUGUGCGGCCUGCUUCUGCGCAUGGAGCACCUCAACGACUGGGACCUGCAGGCCGUCGUCAGGAGCUGCGCCACCUUCUCCUCCUCCCACCACCCCCAGGAAGAGGACCGCGCCGGUCCUCCUCCGGGUCCCGCCGCGGCGCCGCCGGCCGACACGCCGGUAAAGCGGGAGCCGCGCGACGUGGUCCGGCCCGCAUCGGCGGCCAAGGACGCGUCGUCGCUGUACGGCCUGGAGUACCUGGACUUGGAUCACAAGCCCUUCCUGCUGUCGGCGCCGUCGUCGCAGUCGUGGGCGGCGGUGGAUGACCGCCACGAGAUGAUGAUCUCUUUCCCCGCGGCGGCGUCCACGUCCGGCGUGCGGCCGCGGGUGCCGCCUGGCCGGAAGCCCGGCAUACGAAGCAGCACCCCGCGCCCGAAAAGAAGCAAGAAGAGCCAGCUGAAGAAGGUGGUGUGCGAGGUGCCGGUGGCCGACGGCGGCGUCUCCUCCGACCUUUGGGCGUGGCGCAAGUACGGUCAAAAGCCCAUCAAAGGCUCGCCUUAUCCCCGGGGAUACUACAAGUGUAGCAGCAUGAAGGGCUGCAUGGCCCGGAAACUGGUGGAGCGCAGCCCGGCCAAGCCCGGUGUGCUCGUCAUCACCUACAUGGCCGACCACUGCCACCCGGUGCCGACGCAGAUCAACGCACUCGCCGGCACCACCCGCCACAAGACCACCCCUGC